AUGAGUCAAGAAGUCAAGCCCGUCAUCCACACCUUUGCUUGUCCCCCUCAUCUUCGGCCAAAGUCGAGUAAGAAAUCGCCCUCGCCGUCCAGCUCAAAUCCAGGCUCUCCUGCUUUAGGACCUAAUAAAUCUCGUCUGAAGUUUCUUAAAUCACCUAUUUUGCGCGCCCGUUCCCUAGUAACCCCACCCACAUCCCCUGAACUUUUUUCCCUACCAAAGCCAAAAAGAAUGCCCGAGGAAAACAAGAAACUCAUGCAGUUUUGCACAGUCUGUGCCUCCAAUCAGAACCGCUCUAUGGCUGCUCAUCUGCUGCUCAAGGAAAACGGCUUCAACGUUGCCUCCUUUGGCACUGGUAGCACCGUUCGCCUCCCUGGCCCUGCCAUCGACAAGCCCGUGGUUUAUCAGUUCAACGUACCGUACAAUGAGAUGUACCGUGAACUCUCCACCAGGGAUACGCGUCUUUACACUGCUAAUGGAGUUCUUAACAUGUUGGAUCGGAACCGCCGGAUCAAGGACCACCCAGAACGCUGGCAGGACCAGAACCAGGUCUUUGAUGUCGUUUUUACAUGCCAAGAGCGCUGCUUCGAUUCGGUCUGCAUCGACUUACUCCACCGCGGCGCCAAGCUCAGCCGCCCUGUACAUGUCAUUAACGUGGAGAUCGAAGAUAACCAUGUUGAAGCGGCUGCUGGUGCCGAUGCCAUUUUGGAGCUUGCCAAUAUGAUCUGCCAGAGCCCUGAUCCCGAUACCGAGAUUAUCGAGAUCCUCAGCGCCUGGCAAAAGACCCAUCAGAAACUGCCCUCUCUCUACCAGAUGUGCUAUUUUUGA